UAAGUUUCCUGUUUUUUUAAAUUAAAUAAAAAAUAAAUAUAAAUAAAUUAAGAAAAAUUAAUAAAUAUGCUAUAUUGAAUAUAAGAAAGAAUUUCUCUUGGUCGUGUUGGGAAUUAAUAGAAUUAUAUAGAAAUCGACAACUAAUUUGAUUUCAAAAAUUUUUUAUCAAGACAAACUUCUUUUGUUGUUUUAAUUUUUUUCUUAAAACUCAAGUCAAUUUUUUGUUUGUUUUGUUAAGUUUUCGACAAAUAUGAAGUGCUCAAUUCCUGAAAUUUCAUGGCACAAUCGUGAUCCAGUAUUAAGUAUCGAUAUACAAGUGGGUAAUUGGAAAAAUUCUUUGGAUGAAACAUUUUGGAGGAUCGUCACCGGAGGAGCGGAUUCUCACGUUUUGAUUUGGCAUUUAUUGAUAAACGAUACCGGUGGAGCGAUUGUUUCCUGUGUCACUGAUUUAGAACGACAUCAAAGGGCAGUUAAUGUUGUACGCUUCUCGCCUAGUGGUGAAAUUUUAGCUUCCGCCGACGAUGAAUCGAUAAUUAUUUUGUGGAAACAAAAAGAAGAGUCUGAACUGAGUUCAUUUCUCGGCGAGGAAAAUUCGAAUAAAGAACAAUGGACAUCGUGGAAGGUUUUGAAAGGUCAUCUUGAGGAUAUUUACGAUUUAUGUUGGUCGCCAGACUCGAGUUCCCUUGUCUCGGGAUCAGUCGAUAAUACCGCAAUUUUGUGGGAUUUAAACAAAGGACGAAGUAAUUGUAUAUUGUCCGAUUAUAAGGGUUUUGUUCAAGGAGUCACGUGGGAUCCUUGCAAUCAAUACGUUUGCACUCUGAGUUCCGAUAGACAUUGCCGAUUAAUUGAUCUCAACACGAAAAAAACCGUUCAACGAGUGACGAAAGCAAAAAUACCGACUCCCAGUGGAAAUCCACUUGACGGAAAAUGGGUUCGAUUAUUUUAUGACGACACAUUUAAAUCUUUUUUUCGAAGAUUAACGUACACGCCAGAUGGUACGCUUAUUAUUGCUCCUUCGGGAAUUAUUGAACCACAGGAAACAACUGACAAAACAGCGAAUGCGACUAUUGUCUUUUCGAGGCAUAAUUUAAAAGAACCCGUUAUGAUUUUGCCGUCAUCGGAAGAGCAGACGAUUGCUGUUCGCUGUUGUCCUUUAUAUUUCCAUUUACGUGAAGAUGGACCAACGUCAAUGAUUCCCCUGCCUUACAGAAUGAUUUUCGCCGUUGCGACUCAUCGUUCGGUUGUUAUUUACGAUACACAACAAACUUCUCCCAUUGCCAUUGUUUCUAAUAUUCACUUCACAAGACUGACCGAUGUCGCAUGGUCAUCGGAUGGAAAAAUUCUAAUGGUCUCCUCAACCGACGGCUACUGUUCGAUAAUUCAAUUUCAAGACGACGAAUUGGGCAAAAUUUACGAGAAGCCAAUUGAAAGUGAAAAAAUCAAAGACACAAAAUUAGACACAACGCCGACAAAGACAAAGAAUUCACAACCAUUCGUUGAUAUUGACACAAAUGCAAUGGACAUUGAUAUUGUUAAAAAAUCAGAUACGACAAAAAAAGAAAAUGACACGAAAAAAAUAGACACAGUGAAAAAUAACGAUAUUAAAAAAAAUGAAAGUCGAAAGAAUAUGACGAACGAAGAAAAAAAUAAGACCACUGAAAUAUUUGAAGAAACAGAAGAUAUACAAUUAAUCUACGAGGAUAAUAAUACGGAAAACAAUGUUAAACCAACUGGUAGACAAACACCGACAAAAGUUGAAUUACCACUUGUUAAAACACCGCGUAGAGUGAAAUUAAUUACAAUCUCGAGUCCUAAGAAUAAAAAAGAAUAAAUAAAGAAUAAACUCCAGUAAA